GGGGGGGGGGGGAUGCUACAUUUUGAAUUUUUGCCAUUAGCCUUGAUAAACCAAGUAUUUUUAUAGGGACUUGCAGAUGUCAGGAAAUCCUCCAAAAUAUUAAAAACAGGGCCAAACAAUUGCUAAAGAUGUCCUUGACAGCAGAGAGAGAAAGUAACCAGGCGGACUGUUGUAGAGAGAGACAAGUGAGGGGCUGUGGAGAAUGAAACUGGCUGCAGGUUCAAAUGCAUCUCUUCUGGCUAUUUUAAAGCUGUAUUUGCUUAGUUUUUGGGGAAACAAAUGACUUGGAGGAAGGAGGAGGUGGAGGAUGAGCUGCAGUAUGAUUAUUUGAGAUGUUUUACAUUAUUGGUAGUAUCACAGGUUUGAUGUGUGUGCUGUUGAUCACCAUUAAGUUUUUGUAUGAGCUCAGCUCCCGAGUUCUCACUUUUUGGCACCAUGAGGGACGUGCCCGUGGGGCAGAAAGAAAUAUCUAUAACUAUGUGCGGGGAAAGUACCUGGACCCGCAUUCCUGCCAUGUGUCUUGGAACUGGAAGGAACCCUGUGAAGUGGGGCAAUCCAUGUGCUUUCGCGUGCACUUAUUUUACAGGAACGGUGACCCAUUUCCUCUAACUGGUUCUGUUACACCAAAGAUACGCAUCUCUCACACUGAACUUGAUCUGGAAGUUCCCAUCACUUUGGAGGUUCUUCAAGAAUCUGCAAGGAAUGUGAUGAAAGUGGCAUUCACUGUAAGAAAAUCUGGUAGAUACCAGAUAAGCAUCAGUAUUGGGGGCCUCAAUAUUGGACAUAGCCCUUACUACAAGAUCUUCAGUCCAGGUGCAGUAGUUCCGGCCAAGACGCAGAUAGUGUGCCAUUUUUCCACUCUUGUCCUAAAGUGUGGAGAGCAGCACACACUGCAAAUAGUUCCUCGUGACCAGUAUGGUAACCACACAAGUGACAGCCUAAAAGAUCUUGAAAGCUACACAUUGACCUUAAGUGAGCUUGGUGUAGUAGGUGUGGCAGAUGAUUGUCUACAAGUAUCUGUUUGUAAUGGGAGCCAGAACCAUGUCCUACUGCACCUUGCUUUACUUCAGACUGGAUGCUUUCAAGCAACACUGCGUUUCCAGGGGAUGCCAAUCAGUAAUGGGAAUUUCCAGAUCAUUGUGUUGAGUGAUAGUGAGAAGACUACUGUGGAUAACAAUGUGUCUCGUUCUGGUGUUGGGGUUUUCUUUGAGGGUUAUCUUUACCCUCCAUCAAGCCCUCCUAAUAUUCCUGGACAGCAUAGAUCCUCUUCUGCGAGCCAUGAUGAUGAGUCCAAUGUGGAUGGACACAUUAUUGACAGAUUAAAGAAGCCUAAGAAGGUGUAUUUCUAUAUUACUCCCAAGCAACUGUCGGUAAAAGAAUUCUAUCUGCGGAUUAUUCCUUGGCGACUCUUCACUUUUCGAGUUUGCCCGGGGACUAAGUUUCUUUAUUUACCACCAGACCCAUUACACGGUCUGUUGUCUUUGCAAGUGGAUGAUGGGCUGCAGCCUCCUAUAGAAAUUAGUUGCAAGGAUCGAAACAUCAUGGCUGCCACAUUUACUCGUUUUUUACACCUUAAUAUUGGAGGAUCAGAGACAUUUCAAGAUAAAGUUACUUUCUUCCAAAAGGAAUUGCGACAGAUUCACUGCAAGAAAACACGAUGCAAAAUUACACUCAAGGUUAACAGGCAUUCACUACUGGAAAGUUCUCUUCGAGCAACACGUAACUUCUCCGCUUCUGAUUGGUGCAAAAAUUUUGAAGUAGUUUUUCAGGAUGAAGAAGCUCUUGAUUGGGGGGGGCCACGCAGAGAAUGGUUUGAGCUGAUCUGCAAAGCCUUGUUUGAUACAAACAAUCAACUUUUCAUUCGUUUUAGUGACAGUAAUCAGAGCCUGGUGCACCCCAAUCCAUGUCGGCCUCCAAACAUUCGAGUUAAACUUUAUGAGUUUGCUGGCCGAGUGAUGGGAAAGUGCUUGUUUGAGUCAUCUCUGGGUGGUGGAUGUGAGCAGCUGGUUAGAGCUAGAUUCACACGCUCCUUUCUGGCACAGAUUAUUGGACUGCGCAUGCACUACAAGUACUUUGAGACAGAUGAUCCUGACUUCUUCCAAUCAAAGGUUCAGUACAUUCUCACCAAUGAUGUUAUAGAUACAGAAUUAUUUUUUGCUGAAGAAAAGUAUGGCCGAGCAGGACAGCUUGAGAAAGUGGUAGAGCUGAUACCAGGGGGUUCUCAAAUUCCUGUGACCAACGAGAACAAAGUGUACUACCUAAAUUUAUUGGCUAAUCAUCGUCUGUCAAACCAGGUUCGAGAAGAGGUAGACCAUUUUCUGAAAGGGCUGAAUGAAUUAGUUCCAGAUAACCUUCUAGGUAUUUUUGAUGAAAAUGAAUUGGAGCUGCUCAUGUGUGGCACAGGACACAUUGCAGUUCAGGACUUUCAAGCCCAUGCUGUAGUCAUUGGUGGCUCAUGGCACUUUCGGGAAAAGGUAAUGAGCUGGUUCUGGGCCGUUGUCAGCAGUCUCACACAAGAAGAGCUGGCCCGUCUUCUGCAGUUUACGACUGGAUCUUCACAGCUGCCAUCUGGGGGGUUUGCAGCUUUAUCCCCCAGCUUCCAAAUCAUUGGAUCUCCUGCUCAUGGCACCUUACCCACUGCCCACACUUGUUUUAACCAACUCUGCCUCCCCACCUACGAUUCUUAUGAAGAGAUGCACAAGAUGCUGAAACUCGCCAUCAGUGAGGGCUGUGAGGGCUUUGGAAUGCUGUGAGGGGGAACAGGCCUUACGUUUGGUUUUUCUCCAUUGGCUGCAAAAAUUGCUUUGACCUCACCUAUUUUAAGUUGAAUAAAAGGACAGUAAGAAGCACAAA